UGCAGAGCUACGCGCAAGGGGCAAAUCGUCCCAAGGAUCUCGCCCCAGAGUCGUUGCCGUCGUCUUAAGAAGCUGUUGAGCGCGGGAUCCAGGGGUUGUACGUUGCACCAGAUCAGGCGUGUCAACCUACUGAGCUGUUCCAGCCCUGCAUCUGGUCCAACAGUCGGCUCCCAGACCAGACAUUUGAAUCCCGGAGACAAUCGCCGUUGCGUGUUCCUGAGUCUGUCUGCGCCCUUCUGCCAUCCCCAGCUGUCCAGCAUACAGCUGUGGUGGCUCUUGCAAGAGCUCCCUUCAACUUCAGGUAUCCAGCGGAAAUCAGCUUGAAUGUCGACGGCCAAGAUCCAGGAGCCGGUCUACAAGGUGUAUGAGCCCGGCUACCACCCGCACCGCACCAUCAUUCUCGACGAGCAGGUCGAAUCCCCAGAGACGCUGACAAUUCGGCUGGAGGAGGAAGCCGCUCGAAACGGGGGAGACCUCACAAGGGGCUGCCCCCCCGGUCUCCUGCCCAUGCCGAUGUCCGCGUAUAAGUCUCAACCGCCUCAGCUGCACGGCUACGCAGACUCGACCUACUCGCAGUACUCCUCCCAGCCCUUCUCAUCCCAGCAGACGGAGAAUGCCGCCUCGCAGAUCAACCAGAUGGCAUUUGCCGCAAACAAUGCGGCCGCCGGGCAGUAUCUCGGGGCGUCGCAGGUCACGCCGCCCAACAGCGUCAACGUCUUGUCCUGUCAUCCAAGCGGAGGUCCCCAGGGCACCAAAGUGUCGCUCAAGGCGACAUGCCAGUACGAUCUUGUUGGCAGCAGUGUGGCCGCGUCCGCCCCCUUCGUUUCGCUUGUUUUUGGCUCACAUCGGUGUGCGGCAAAAGUCGCCAGAGAUUCGCGGGACGGCAGCGGCGCCUGCACUUACACAAUUACGGCCGCGGCUCCGCAGUUCCUGAGCACGGGCUGUCCGUCCCUCAGCAACGUGCCCCUGACGCUUCUUGUGGAAAGCGCAAGCGGCGACGAAUUGGCCAGGGUGCCCAACGUCGGCGCGUUCUCGUACCAUGACGUUCAGGGCGGUGCCGCGGGAGGAAGCGCCGGGUUCGGAGUGCCAGAUGAGAGCAGCCCGCCGGACCUGGGUUCGCCCAAGACCAGAUCACCUGUUCACCGGCCCAGCCCCCCAAGCCACGAUGGCCAGGCUCAAGCCAAAACAACCAGCCAGGUUGCCCAUCCUGCGCUAACCGAGGAAGCUUCCACCAAUACGUACGGCUUCUCACCCAGCGUCUCGGCCCCCAACACGGCCGCCCAGAUACAUGCUCAACCCCAAACACAUCCCGACUUCGCCACCGCUGCUACGGGCGCCUACAGCCAAGGAAGCAGCAGCAUGCUUUCGUCGUACCGGGCGGCGUCCUUUACGGACCACUACACGCGCGCGCCCCCCAUGCUCCGGUCGCCGCACGGGACGGGGUGGAUGUUCGGCAGUCAACUCGACCCGUUCCGGGCUUCGACGUCCGCCCUGUCGCAUGGGACCCACGCCGCGGUCUCACGCCCUAGCCUCACUCCGCUGCAGCACGCCGGUUCCCCGACACCGCAGCUCGUCAGAACCAGCACGCUGGCCCAGCCCGCCGGCGGAUUCCCAUACGGAGUCUACCAGGAGAAGGCGACGCUCAAGAUCAUCGGUGACUUGUCAUCAAUGGCGGAGGGCUGGACGCAAGAAGAGUGGGAGAACAAGCGCAGGCUGGUGCUGUUCAGGAAACAGCAGACGGGGAGCGUCCUGACAGUGAGCUUCAAGCCGGUGAGCGUGGCCGAGCGGCCGCCCCACAGCAUCUGCAUCAGCUGCAUCUGGUGGGAGGAGAAGCAGGCGUGCUACGUCACCUCGGUCGACACGAUCCACCUGCUCGAGCAGCUCCUCGCUGCCCCGAACCGGUUCGGCGUAGACGAAAAGAACCGCAUCCGCAGGAACCUCGAGGGUUUUCGACCGGCGACCGUCAGCAAGGCACGGGCCGAGAGCGAGGAGUUCUUCAAGGUCAUCAUGGGCUUUGGCAACCCGAAGCCGCGCAACAUCGAGAAGGACGUGAAGGUGUUCCAUUGGAAGGAUCUCUCGGGCGCGCUCUACAAGAUCAUCUCCAAGUACAGCGCCUCGACCACGACCGUCAUGACGCCAAACAGUUCCCCUCAUGUUGCCACCACCGUCGGUCUCACCGGGAGCUACCCUGCCCUACCGCCGACGCCGGUCUCUUCGACGUCGAGUAUUGCCGCGGACACAGCCGCCUCGGCAGGUUACGCUGGCGCUGCCGGCCACCACCACGCCGAUUCGCUGGCGAGCCCGCGCACGCUAAGUGGAGGACCUUCCUCAUGGUCAACAUACGACGCAGCAGCCGCGAAGACGCUGUCCCCGGGGCUCAAAACCAACUCCCCCGUGGGAACUUCUGGGCUGCGUCUAUCCGCCAUGCCGGUUGUUUACGACCACCGGGGCUCAACGCACAGUCUCGCGUCGCCGUACGGACUGUCCACCCCCGCCCACCACAACGCGCAUCACACGCAUGCGGGUUACGGCCAUUCUGGGGUUCCCGCCUCGCAGGCUCAGUCGCGAAGCUGGGAGGGCUACUCGGUUGCGGCAGCCGACGGCUACACCAGCCAGGCGGGCAGCGGGCAUGGGCAGGUGUACGGUGGCGCAGCGUACGAGGAUGGUGGGCCGCGUGCCUGAGCGCGUGAUCACCCCUCCUCCUUUCCUCCACCCAUCCCCUUGGCGGAGAGUUCGGGCGCCCGCAGGGGGGAGGGGAUCUUGGGCCGGGCGGCAGACUCCUCGCACGGCAGUUCACAGCCUAGCGCCCCUGAUGGGCUGUGCACGAGUUCUUGCGCGGCAAACCGGCCACGGGUUGAGGGGUGGGCGCCGGAGACGCGUGAGAGUUGCGCGUGUCUGAGGGUGGGACCCGGCUGGAUGCCGUGAGUCACGGUCGACAGCGGAACGGUGGGCGUGUGGGAUUCGAAGAGCCGCUGCGGCCCGGUCGGUUCUGUCCCUGUUCCUGUCUCCGUCCCAGCCCCCAUCCGAACGAUGGACAAGGGGCCCAGCAAGGUAUGAGCCGGCCACCAGCCGGGUCGAUCCUUGAGGUUGAUUCUGAUAUCUGGCAGACUGCCUAGCCGAUGUGACAGUCGACGGCGCGACGGGAGAGUAACACGGCCUCGACGAAGGAGUCUCUCUCCACCCAG